AUGGCGCCCAAACACCCUGCUGUCCCGAAGGCGCCCUUGCCCACCAAAGUCUUCUUCGAUCCAUACAACUCCUCGUCUACCGGCCACCAGCGAGCCGAAAACCGCCUGUCGGGCUCCACGUCGUGGCGCGACAGUCGUUCGUACAAACUUGCACACCAACUCAAGGACAGUAGCGGCAGAGGUGGGCAAACGCAUCUCUCUGAUCUAGUAGGUGCUGGUAGCGAGAAUUUUGGCAAAGAUGGUCGUAAAGAGAAUGGCGACUGGGAGAAGGGAGCUCCGGGCCUCAGAGAAAGUGGCUGGCAAGAUAUAAGAGGCUUGAUGGGUGGUUCGAAGAGAAAGGCUGUCGGAAAUCUGGAUCGAAACCGAGACACGAGUUUGAAGAGAGGCAUAAGCGAUCAGACUGAUCUUAUAGGUCAGCAGCAGCCCACGGCAAGUCUGAAACGGCAUAUAAGCGACCAUGAUACAGACGAGGGGCUUUCGUUCACUUCUUCGAGCGAUUCAGACACACUGCCAUUCUCUUCAGCACAGCCCGAGCCAAAAACCACACCCACGUCUAAACCCUCGAUACCUAGUCAUGGCCUCCACCAUAUCUCGUCGCAAGCAUACUCUAUCAACGAUGAUACACGAAUACAACCAGACUCGUUCUCAGGAACAAAUGACGACACCACUUCGCCACCGUCAAAGCCAGCGCCUCAAAUCUUCGCUGGCCUGACAGUCUAUCUCAACGGCAGUACAGCACCACUAGUGUCAGACCACCGCCUGAAGCAACUCGUCGCUCAGCACGGAGGUAACAUGUCGAUCAUGCUAGGAAGACGCACAACGACGCACGUCGUGAUCGGUGAAGACUGUGGCGGCGGACUAGCACAUGGUAAGAUUCAGAAAGAGGUCACCACAGUUGGUGGGAAGGGUAUCAAAUACGUUACGGCUCAGUGGGUGCUUGACAGCGUUGAGAAAGGCGUGAGGCUGAGCGAGGCAAGAUAUGCGCCAAAGAACCUCAAAGGCAGGAUCGCUGGUGCUGGCCAAGGCAGUUGCAUCCGGUGUAAGACCAAGAAAUUGAAAUGUGAUCGGAGAGACCCUUGCGACCGCUGCAUACAGGCCAAUGCGCCAUGCGCUACCGCCGAACGAAAGGCCCGUGUGUCGCGGAAAGCAAAUGAGGCUCACGUUAUUGCGACGCUCAACCAACGAAUAGAUCUGCUUGAACGUGCUCUGCAGAACGGAGAGCCAGCAUUCAAUGCACAAUCUCAAAGCACCAGUCCAGCAGCGGGCGCGAAGACGCCACCUUUAGUCCGGACUACUACGACAUCGACCACGUCAGCUGUCAAAAGCAGCGUGGAGGAAGUAAAAAGUGCAUUUGAUGCGGACUGGCUCGACCGUGAACUACAUGAUGCGAAGACCUUCUCACUCAAUCGCUUGACGGGGGCCGAUGGCGAAUCGCCUGCUCAGGAUCCCUCUGUGACUCAAGCGGUCCUCGAUCUCGAUAACUCAUUGACGAAUCUGGCCGACAUUGGCGAUGUGAUCAACAACGAAGAUCCGAGCGCACUGAUGUCUAAUGAUGAGGCCAAAGAAUAUGUCAAAGUUGCCCUUGAGGUGAUGCGAGGAGAGUUCUUUACGAGCAUGCUCGACGAAGCCUACCUCAUGUCCCUGUCAAACAUCAUCACAACUCCACAUAUCAAGAUCGAUCCUGCCGCGCGGUUGAUCUACUACAACUUAGCGUUCCAAGGCUGUGUUAUUGGCGACUGUCAAAGUCCACUGGCCGCAAGAGCUCUCUACCUACAGUGCCUCCAGGCAGUCUCAGUCUGGCAGGAAUCCGCUAUGGGAUCAAUGAUGGAUCUUAUUGGCUGCUGCAUCAUGCAGUGGACAUGUGUCCUCAGCUUCGACUACCGACUGGCUUAUCGCUUCCAUACCCAAAGUUGCAAGUUCGCCAAGCAAAUGGGGCUGCAACACUUGGACGUGCUGUCGUCCAAGGGCACCAAGGAAGCUGAAUUGCAGCAUCACCAGCGAAUGGGCUUCUGGCAUCUGGUUCUCUGUGAUUUGUUCUUCCGGCUUUGCUACGGCCGGGAGUCCUCCAUCAGCGCAGAUGCUUCGCCUAAUUUCAUACACUUUCCUGAAAUGCUGGAUCUCGCUAAUGCGCGGCCGUACGCUGGAGUAAUGGUACCCCACAUGAUCUGGGGCAGGGUGACAGUAUUAGCGAAGGGGUUUUACGACCAGUACGACCGGAUCAGAGAUGAUCCAAAGAAAAUCUUGGGACAUGCAUUUCAGGCCCAGGUGGACUCUAUCUGUGAUGAGAUCGAGGGCAUGAUCAAUGACUGGGAUCUUGUAACACUCAUGGAGAUCCAAAACGACGACACGAUCAAAGCCUGGGCAUACGCCGAAACGGUGAUUGGCACAUUCACCAUGCUCCUCCAUAUGGACAAGCUACGGACCGACAAUACCAAAGUCCACGUAACGCCACGAUCCCUCCGCAUCUCCCGUGUGCUGGUCGAUGCCGUGCUAAAGUUCAACGACAUCACCCAGCGAAGCACAGUCCAUGGCGCGCUGUAUAUGUACAGCAUAGCUUUCUAUCCCUUUCGCGGGUUCUUCUCGCUGUACUACCAUAUCUUGACCAGCGACAACCCUGAUGACUACAAGGAUGAUAUUGUUCGGCUUGAGAGGAUCUGUGCUGUUAUGCGGAAAGCCGCGACCGUGCGGUUCGAGUACGUUCCUAUCGCGAAAGCCGUGGUCGGGCUCAACAACGUGGCCAGACAGAUCCAAAUCGCACAGACCUCGCAGUCGCCUGCACGACAGUGGAACACAUUGGGCAAUCGACCGUCACUGACACCACAGUCGUCAACAGAGCAGUACAUGAUGGUGGACGGCAAUGUAGGCGCUUUGCAGGACCCAAGUGGAGUGUACGGGCCGAUACCGAACAAUGGCAUGGGUUUCGGCAUGAGUCAAGCUAAUAAUAUGGACUGGGUGCCGGUCUUGGGGGAUUUCAAUAACUUUGGCAUGACAGGUGACUUUCAACAGAUGGCGGCAAUGCCGGAUUUCCAGCCCGUGGAGUAUCUGCAGGCGGUGGAAGAUCAUUUUCAGGGGAAUAAUUGGUGCUCAGGCGCGUGGGAUGGGAGGAGUGUGCCGAUGGGUUGA